AUGGGGGCGUCCCAGUCUUCCAGUGUGGGGAUCAAGGAGAAGUCCAUCCAUGAGUUCUCUGUCAAGGUACGGCGCGAGAAAUGCUUUUUCUUCUCCUCGUACUUGUUUUCCAUUUACUUUUUUAGAUCCGACCGUUCGAGUAGCAGGGUCAGCAACGUUUCAGUGAAACUUUUUGAUUAGCCAAAACACCUGGUGAUGUUGCGAAGGGCUUGCUUUGUUCUGGCUGAUACUACCGACGGAGUGGAUGAUUCGUUCCAUCUCUCAUUCUUUGUUGUGACGAUUAUGUAGUGUUGUUGUUGAGGAAGUGGUUGGAGGGGAUGAACUUCCACGAGGGGGGUGGAGGGGACGAGAGGAAAGGUCUUGGUCUCUUUCUGCUAUAUUUUUUGCUGUCCAAGAUGGUGGGGGAGCUCACACAAGUACUGUCUAAUUAUCGUGGCAAGAACGGAGGGGAAAGAAAGAGAAGAAGAAAGAAAGAAAGAAGGAAUUUGUUUCAUCUCGUACCGAAAGGCAUAGAUCCUCUGUUCUUUAAAAAUUCCUCUUAACCCUGACGUGAGGGCCCUUUUUUUAAUACAUCUUGUGAUUCACGAAGUCUGUUUUGUUACUUAUUACUGCAAACUGUAAUCAUCAGAAUAACCAUGGAAAUGAGGUCGAUCUCAGGAGCUACAAAGGGAAGGUUCUGCUCGUCGUAAAUGUUGCAUCAAAAUGGUACAGAUCAGUCAUGCCUUUGAUUGUCUUGUAUUCUUAUUAUCACACCUGCCUUCUCUGUUUUUGAAGCAAUAAUUUGACUUAUUUUCUGUUUUUUCUGAUAGAGAGAAAACUGAAAACCAUUACUUUUCCUCUGAAAGAUGGUUUUUUUAUUCUUUUUCUUCUAUGCUUUUUUGUUGAUGAUCAAACAGUGCGCUUACAAACAUCAACUACACCCAGUUGACAGAACUCUAUAACAAGUACAGGAGCAAAGGUUAGCUGUUCCUAUUUGUCUUUCUCUCAUUGCCUCCCCUCUCCAUUCUUAGAUUUUUAUUUCUUUCAAUUACUUGACAAGGACUUAUUUCUAUGCAACGCGUUGGUGUCAUUAGAGUAAACUGUGCGUCGAUUUUUGUUUGAAAAGGCUCCUGUUCUACUUACAUUUCUUGAAGAUUCUUGUGGAGGAUGAAUUAUAGACAUGAUGGGUUUCUUCCGCAUAUUUUGGGAUGGUUAAAUCAUUGGGCAGUUUGUUCAGCUUCUUCUUCAGACUAAUAUCUAUCUUAAUUUUUUUUGAAGCAUUGAGUAAAUGCUGAAUGCAUCCAAUAUCAGACGGUUAUGUACAAAAUUACAAGUAGAUGGAUAAAACUUAGCUCUCAUCCUCUGUCUUUGUCUCUUACUGGUUUUCGAUGUAUCUGCUUUUUUCGCCCCCUUUUAUUUUUCUCCAAACAUAAGCGUAUCAGAUGCACACCACACAGAUCUACACAUGAGCAUAACAAGCAUCUACUACAUAGGGAUAAAAGCAUGUCUAGAAUCCCGCACACGUCACCCUUUCUCUUCUUCUUCCGUAUCUCCUUAUCUCCAUCUCAAAUGCAACACAUAUACAACCUAAUACAGCCAAAUUCUACUCUCACGCUAUAAAUGUACAUAAGGGAAUGCUCAGAUAGACAAGCACUGACAUAGCAUAUCCACAGUGUCUCAAAACUGAACUGAUCGUCAGAUAGUCACUUUGGGACCUGGACUAUCCGGAGGUUGUGGAAUUCUCAUUGUGAUAAUGUGCAAUUAUGGCUAAUGCUUCUCAAUUCUGCUACCACAUAAUGAAGAAUAAUGUUUUGAUCUGUAUUGUUGCUUCUAUUGAAGGAAUUAUAACGCAUAGAUUAAUAUUAACUGGACGGCUAUAAAUUUUUUCCUUCAGAUGUUUAGUUUGUCUUUGAAUAUUUAAAGGAGUGGAGGUGAUUUCGUGGCAGGAACCUUAAUUUCAGAGGUGGGAGGGGUAGGGAACAGUGCAAGUUCUGAUUUUGGUCCGAAUGCAAUAUUUCUUGUUCUCUAUCCUAGCAAAAAUUUUAGGUCUGUGCUAACAUUUUCCAUUUCAGAGAUUGUAUUUUCUUCAUUAUAGUAGUUUUUUUUUUCUCGAAAAGAUAAGCUAUCCCUUGAAAUAUUUUCUAUGCAAACAGAUCAAAUUUUUACUUCUAAAAUUGAGCAUCUUUACUUCAAGUUUUUUGGUCCUUAUCUCUCACUCACUGUGGAAUAUGUCGUUAUUCUCUUUUAUGUCUAACUUAUGCCGCAUGGAAAAAGUAGGAUUUUACCAAUCAAGUUUUCCCAAACGAUUCCACACUGCUUGGAAUUUAGUAAUAGUUUUAUUUGGCAAGGCAUAAUUUUAAUGUACUCUUCUUUCCUUUUAUCUUUAUUUGUUUUGUCUCGUUGGGUGUGUACACAGAUUUCGAAAUUUUGGCCUUCCCAUGUAACCAAUUCAUGAAUCAAGAACCUGGAACAAGCCAACAGGCAGAAAGUUUUGCAUGUGAGAGAUUUAAAGCUGAGUAUCCUAUAUUUCAAAAGGUAAAGUUGCUCUCAGUUUCUUUCCCUGGUUUGAUGGUGGUUGAAAAUGUAGAAUUGCUUAGAAAAACCUCAUCAAAAGAUUAUUAAAGAAAAAUGUGACUUUAGCAUCCUCAAAAUUCAUUACUUCCUCAAAAUUCUGUUAACCAGUUUUCCAGGUUACUAGGCACAUGCUUCUUAUGAAGUCCAAUAACACAUUGAUCACAUCAAGGCUUCCCUCUCGUUUGAUAUUUUCAUUCUGAAUCUGUAUAUCAUUGUGACGUUACAGUGUUCUGAUUAUUCUGUUUAGUGGAUGGCAAGAAACGAAAACCGAAAGUAUAUUUAAGACUUUUUUAAACUCUUCCAGAUGGGAAUCCUACCUACAGUAUUGUUAUAUUUGUAGCUUUGUUUGCUCCAAUGUUUCAACCACUUUCCCUUUAAUCUCAUUUGCAAUUGAUUGAACAUGUUGACAUGUGCAAACAUGAGACUGCAGUAAAACAUUCAUUUUAGGUAUGCCAUUAAUGGAAGAAGCUAGAAUUUUGACGGUUUCGUAAUUUUAAUAGUGCAGGCAAGAAAAUAUUUUCUCUUCCUACCGUCUAUUCUCAUUGAACUUCUAGGUGGGCAUUCUCUUAUUCAAAGGUACCUAGGUUUUGCAUCAGAAAUUUUUUGUUGGAUAGAAUUCGCCAAAGAGCUUUUUCGUAUAUUUUUGUUGCUUAGGAAGGCCUCAUUGUUUAGAAUUGACCAUAGCUCGGGGUCAAGUGUUUGCUUAUACCUGCAUGAAACCCACUUAGUGAUAUAUAAUGAAUUCAUGAAAACCUCAAUGAUAUAUGUCGUUUGGUAUGAAUUUGGAGUUUAACAUACCCCAAAUUUCUGAAUUUUGAGUUUUGCUUAUAUGUGCAUGAAACCCACCUAGUUAAUUUGCUGUUUCUUUCACUUUGACAGAGUUUUUUGGCAUUAAGCCACUGAUUGAUAUCAUGCUACCUCCCUCUUAAUCAUUGAUAUCUCGAGGUUUAUCCUUUUCUUAUUGCUCGAGUACUUUGAUAUUUUUAUCCUUUUAUGUAUCUUUUUAUAUCGUGGAACGUAUCCAUUGUCGGUUGAAGUUGUUGAAACAAAAUAUUUCUAUUUUAAAAAUUUAAGCUUUCUUCUUUUGGCGUCAAAAUGAUGACAAGAAGAUCAGAGUUUUAAUUGUUCUGAACGCAGAAAUGAUUACUUUGUAACAUGUUGUACAAUAUAGCACCUGCACAUCACCACUAUCAACUAGUGAACGAAUAACGCAAAAAGGAGUGGGGGGGAACAUCAUUGCACUAGAAAGGAAAAUAUUUCCAUGCGAGGCAGUGUGACCAGUUGAUGCUUCCUGCUCACCGCAUCUGCCCCUCUUUUCUUCCUUUGUAUAUGUAUGUGAAACAGUCAAACAUAGUGAUUUAGAGACUGCGGCCAGAAUGUAACAUGUGAAUUCUUCGUCAGCUGUUGAUAGUUCAGUCUGUCUGCGUCUUACUCCUUUUUUCUCCUCUUCCUUUUCUCAUCUCAAGGAGAAAAAACCUUGAAGGUCUCCCAUAUUUGAUUUUAUUAGCCCUUCUUGCGUUCAAAAAUGCGAAAUCCGACAUCAAAAAAUUAUCCUGCCUAUUGUGUCUGCGGUGGCUAUGGUUUCUGAUAUGGGAGCCAGCGUGCUGUAAGGUGGCCAUACUUCUUUGGCCGCUUCCCUCUGUACAAUAAAUUCCCUAUUUGUCACGUGUGUAGAAGCAUGGAGUGGACAAUUCACCUGAUUCAUCUCUUGUAGCAUUUGGAUUGCUAACUUUCUUGCUCUUCAUCCUUUGGUAACCCUUGAAUAAUCUUGUAUUUUCUGGUUCACUCCAUAUGCAUAUGCAACAGAAGAAAUUGUCGCACUCCCAAAGUUGUCUGCAGUUAUUAUUAUAUCUGAACUAAUAAUUAGUUUUCUCUUCUAAAUCGUGUUCAUAUGCUAUUUAUAUUCUUGCAGUACAACCCAUCAGAUUUCGGGCAAGCUCUUCCACAAUGAUUAAACAAUGACUCUAGCUAGUUUUCUGUCUUUUACAGGUUCGAGUGAAUGGUCCGGAGACAGCACCAGUCUACAGAUUUCUCAAAGCAAGCAAGACUGGUUUUAUGGGAUCUAGGAUCAAGUGGAACUUCACCAAGUUCCUGGUUGACAAGGAUGGCAUUGUCAUCCGUCGUUAUGGUCCAAGAACUGAACCCUCGUCCAUAGAGGUCAGAACCACACCCCAUUAUAGUUCUUAUGUAUGAUGAACUACCUAAACAUUGGGCUAGUCUGAUUAUAUAUAUCUAUUUAUUUCAUUCUCUGAGUUGUUUGUUCCCCUAUCACUUCCUUAAUGACCCUUUGUUGUAAACUUCAGAAAGACAUUCAGAAGGCCUUGGGGGAGACCUAG